AUGUUUAAAAACAUUUACUUAAAAUACUUGAUAAUAUUUUUAGUGACUAUAAUUAGUAUACACUUGAUUCUUUCUUAUUUUGACAAAAGUUUAGAUUUUACAAUACCCUGGAGAUCCAACGACGACAACAAUUAUAGUGAUAUUGUAAAAGAUCAACCAAUUUCAUAUAAAGAUGUUGUUAAAUCAAAAACUACCACCAUUACUAAAACUUCAAUGUUAGUUGAAACAGUGACUUUAGACGUUGAAAAUCCACAAACUACCAUUAUUACUACUACACAACAACCAAAAGAACAACCUAUAAUUCGUAAAGCAAAUGCUGUUUUUCUUGUUUAUUUAGGACAUGAAAAUACUAAAAGAAUGGGAACUACAUUGGCACAGCUUGAAAAUAGAUUUAAUCAUAAAUAUCAAUAUCCUUAUGUAUUUUUAAGUGACAAGGAGAUAUCAGAUGAUUUUAAAAAUUAUAUAAGUGGACUAACUAAAGCAAAGUGUGAAUAUGGAACAAUUCCUAAGGAACAGUGGGGAACACCAUCCAAUAUUGAUUUGGAAUUGUUUGAUGAAAAAAUGAAAGAGUUGGAAGGAAAGGAUGUAUUAUUAGGUGGAAGUUUGACAUAUCGAUACUCGAACAGAUUUUUAUCUGGAUUCUUUCAAAAUCACGACUUAUUAAAAAAGUACGAUUACUAUUGGCGUGUUGAAGCUGGUGCUAGUUACUAUUGUGAUUUAGAUUAUGAUCCAUUUUUAUAUUUGCAAGAUAAUGAUAUAAAAUAUGGCAACGUGAAAGAAUUCAUGACCUUACAUCCUGAAUAUGUUAAAGACGAUAAUUGGAUGGAAUUUUUUUCAAAUGAUAAUGGUGAAACUUAUAAUUUAUGCCAUUUCUGGUCAAAUUUUGAAAUAGUUGAUCUAAAACUAUUCAGAAGUGAAGCAUACACCAAAUUCUUUGAAUUUCUUGAUGAAAAAGGUGGAUUUUUUUAUGAGAGAUGGUCAGAAGCACCAAUUCAUUCAUUGGCAGCAGCUUUAUUUUUAAAUAAAAAUCAAAUACAUUUCUUUAAUGAUAUCGGUUAUAAGCAAGAACCAUUUACCCAUUGUCCAACUGAACGAGGAUUACUUGCUAAAUGUAGUUGUGAUCCUUACGAUUCUUUUGAUUUCCAUAGUUAUAGUUGCGCUCCAAGGUGGCUUGAAUUAAUUAAUAAAUAUGAUAUUAAGUAUCCACCAAAAUAG